AUGGAGAACACAGUAUUAAUUGUGCUGGGAAUGGCAGGAAGCGGAAAAAGCAGCUUCUGCCACAGACUGUAUUCCUGGCUCUCUGAAAAGAACAUGCAAAUAGACAGCCGCACCGGGCUAAACGACUUGGUUUGCGGGGUGAAUCUGGACCCGGCGGCGCUUUCUGUCAAAAUGCCUCUGCACUACGACAUCCGGGAGACCAUAAACAUACAGGAGCUGAUGCAGCAGAAAAAGCUGGGCCCAAACGGCGCGAUAGUUGCCUCUAUAAAUCUGUUUAUCACGCAGAUAGACGUUUUCAUCUCGCAGCUUGUGGAGCUCAAGCCAAGAUACACAGUCAUCGACACGCCCGGCCAGAUAGAAAUGUUCACCACCUCGGUGUCCGGGCAAAUACUCGUGCAGUGCCUCUCCAGAACCCCCGGCAUCCGGGUGAAAAUGGUGUAUGCCAUGGACGGAGAGCGCGCCCAGAACCCGCAGUGCUUCAUCAGCAACAUGCUUUUUGCCACCUCCAUCCGCUACCGCUUCCAGGAGCAGGUUCUCUUGACGGUGAACAAGUCCGACAUAUGCGGAAGCGAAAAGGUGAGGGAGUGGGCUAGCGGCUUUGAGGCUUUCUCGCACGCGCUCCCUGAAAACUCAAACACCACGCCCAUAAUGCACUCGAUUGCCUUGUGGAUGGAGGAGUUCUACAGCACAUUCCACCUUCUGUACGUGUCUGCAGCCACAGGAAUGGGCAAAGCAGCCUUUCUCUCGGAGGUUGAGAAGCAGGCUCCAGCCAGCGCUCCAGGCGAGAAAAGCGCAAGCACCGCGGAAGGGCCUGCGGACAGCCAGGCAGCUGUGAUAAGCACGAUUCUCGAGGCGCUCAAAAGAACCACCAUUUUGUGCACUCCGCCCGAAAGCGAGCACGUCGACAACAGCACAGACAAAGACGAGUCCUCAAGCACGCCCGAGGAGCACCAGAACAAAGAAAACAUAUUAAGCAAAUAA